AUGGCCUUUGUGCAGUACUGGACAGUACUGGACGUGAUUUUGGAAUUUGCUGCCAGGCUCACAUCGUUGCGUAGGUUUUUCCCUACAGAGGAGGAUGAGAUUGGGGCUGCUAAAGCCCUGUUGCUCCUUCAGCGUAUAUACAAACUGGAUCCAAAAGCUCUUUCUCAGGGGAUCCUGCCAGGAACUAAGUAUCGCUCUCCCAUGAGUGUUAGUGAUUGCUUCAGACUGGGUCAGACAGCCCACAACAUCAGUGACUUUCAUCACUCAAUGCUUUGGAUGAAACAGGCACUGAGGCAGUUGAAUUCAGGGGAGCAAAGCCCUAUCUCUAAGGUUCAGGUCCUGGAUUGUCUCAGUAAUGUCAGCUUCCAGCUUGGGGACUUGUAUAGGGCUGUGGACUUCACCCACCAACUGCUUUCUCUUGACUCCUCUCAUGCACAAGCCCGGUUGAAUCUGCCAUACUUCGUGAAGUUAUUGGAGGAGGAAAAAGCAGGGAAGCUUGGAAAUGGGGCAUCAGAGACCAAGCAGGAAUCAGUGAGCAAAGAUCAGCUAAAAGUCUAUGAAAGCCUGUGCCGAGGAGAGGGUGUCAAACUUAUACCACAGAAGCGGAAGAGGCUUUUUUGUAGAUACCACCAUGGCAAUAAGACACCACAGCUACUCAUUGCCCCUUUCAAAGAGGAGGACGAAUGGGAUACCCCACACAUUGUCAGGUACUAUGAUGUCUUGUCAGAUGAGGAAAUCAAGAGGAUCAAGGAGAUUGCAAAACCCAGAUUGAGACGAUCCAGAAUCUUUGAUAGUGCUUCAGAUUUUGUGGAAUCAGAUGAAAUCAGGGUCAGCCAAAGUGUAUUUCUGGAAGAAGAGGAAGAUCCCGUGAUUGGCCAAGUGAAUCGAAGGAUUCAGAUAAUCACUGGGCUGUCAGAUAAAACAGCAGAGCUUCUCCAGGUUACUGAUUAUGGUAUUGGAGGAUUCUUUGGACCUCAUUUGGAUUAUUUUUUGGGGCCUGAGAUCAACUCUUUGGAUAUUGACGACAUAGGGGAUCGAGUGGCCACAUUCAUGAGCUACAUGAGCAAUGUAGAAGCUGGUGGUGCCACUGUUUUCCCAAAAUUGGGAGCUAUGUUUUCUCCUAAGAAGGGGACAGCCUUGUUCUGGUAUAAUCUUCUUCGAAGUGGAAAAGGCAACCCUUUAACAAUACAUGCUGCCUGCCCUGUUCUUGUGGGCUGCAAAUGGGUUUCUAAUAGGUGGUUCCAUGAGCGAGGACAAGAGUUCUUAAGGCCAUGUGGACCAACAGAAGUUGACUGA